CCUCAACACAUGAGCAGUUUAAAAUCUAUGAUAGUUGUGAUGAAACACGCGUUUUGUAGUUGGAUAGUGUGGUCCUUUAUGUAGCUACUUUUUCAAACACUCGACAUCAGUGUACAUCGAUUACUGGAUAAUUUCACGAACCAGCAAAUUGGAUGGAAUGUAGCUCGCCGUAACGGUAGCGACGAUCGUAAACGAGAAAAAUGUCCGAAAGUGUCGCUUUACCCGGCGCUCGAGGGAGUUUUGUGGAAUUCUCUCCAACGAGGAAUCGCGACACUGACAAGGAAAACGAUGUUGCUGUUUUGAGCCUGCACCUGUUUUCGAAGGCUACUUUUGUAUCUUUCGGGACAGUGAAAAUAGGCACCUCCAAGUCGACAGCUCUGCGCAUCGAAAACCCAACAGAAUUUGCGGAGGCCGUGCUGACUGUUGACAAGAUCCCAUCAAGCAAAGGCUUUUCUGUGGACAACAACACAUUCACAAUUCGGCCACUGGGCUCUUAUACCCUGACUCUCACCUGGACACCAACAGAAGAGGGUGGAAUCAGAGAACUGAUUGUCUUCAAUGCCAAUGGGAUCGUCAAGCACCAGGCAAUUUUGCUGGGAAAAGCGGAAGCCCCCCAAAAGAAAAAGAGGCGCUUAUGGGAUGCUAUUAAAAAGAAGAGGGCAGUUGAAAAAGGAUCUCCUUACAGGGGAAAGUGGUCGGCGCUACCCACCAAGAUGGCUGCCAAUAAAACGCUACAUGUAACCUGGAAGCAACAGUAUGAACCCCGGAGUCCUCUCGCUUCUCUCAAUGAUGGAAAAACCGGCAGAGACAAGUCCACUGGGGAGCACGGUCUCCUCGAGGGUUACUCUCUGAAAUCCAAACCGCAAAAGCCUUUCAAUGCCGUCCGAAAGCAAUGGUCUUUGGCGAGCCAGGAGAAUCACUCAUCUCUUGUCUCGGACACAAGCGAGAAAGAGAUGAAAGCGGGCUCGGGUUCUUUGGCUGGGAAGCUUGAAAACAAAGACCCGGCAAAAAUACUUAAGGCACUGUCCCCCAUUGGGACACCGGAGAGGCUCCAAAAGAUCAUGCCUCACAUUCAGCCGGUGGGAUGCACUGCUGCCGUGACUUCGCCGACGUGCCCGGCGGUAUCUCUAAACGAUGCCCUGGCACUCAUCGACUCCGGUUUCGCUCUUGUCAACCGCAGCACGAAAGACUCCAGUACAAGUAGUGACUUUUCAGAUUCCCUGGAGUUUAAAAGCGAGGAUCCCGAGCGUUUCAAAGCCCACCCCGAUAGCCCGGAAGAGUCCACGGAGCCGCGGCUUACUUUCUUUGUCACCAAAAAAGUUGGCGGGCCCAAAGCGGAAAACCCCGAGAGACCUAAAAUAUUGUCCUUCAACUGUGAGACGGUGAUAAAAAGCAAAGCGCCAGUGACAAAUUGUCAAAGUGGGCAAAGAAUAAAGAAGUCGAGGCGGCGCCUGAUGGAGAAAACACUUGAGUUGUCGGAAGGCAGCAGCCAGUGCGAGUCCGGCCCGGGGACCCCCCACCUCCCCGUAAUAGAACCAGACACAAGGACGACUGGUUCCCUUGGCGGCGACAGCCAAACAGUCCAAGAAUUUAAUGGCAGACCAACGGCAAGACUCCGUGAUGCUCAAUUGCCCAUCGGACCCGAUGGAAGCUCUCCUCCAACUAGACCUCACUUGAGUUUUUCCUCCCCGCCCCACAACGUCGCUCCCGUGACAUUCACGAUCUCCUCCCCGUUACCCCUGGACCAGUCUUCUCCACUUCACUCCAGCAACACAAGUCAUCCCCAACCUGAACCCUCGCCGGAAACGGAUGUUCUUCCCCGGGCGGUCUCGGCGCAGGAGGACGUCUCGCCUGUGCGCAGCCUGACAAAGAGCAGAAAGAGGAAGAGUGAAGAAUAUUUGAGAGGUGCCACGAAGAAGGACGGCGGCGGGAAAAGCGAGCAGGUUAAAAAGAGCAAAACGGUGGCUUGGAAAAGUCAGCCCGUGAAAUCAACGCAGGAGAGGAGGAAGUCACAGAGGCGGUCGAUCAAAUCGAAAGGUUCUCCGCAUGCAAUGACAACAUCCGUCAAGACCCUCACGUCGUCCGUCUCGACUCAGACGCAGCCAGCGAGCGCCAAACUCCCCCUACGAGGCGCCCACGCGCGGAGGUCACUCGGAGCAGAGCACGGCAAGUGUGUGAAGAUGGCGCCGGUUGCCAUGUCAAAGUUGAUCUUUGUCAAAACGACUCGGACAGCCAUCCCCAGGCAUCCGCUUCCUUUUGCCGCCAAGAACAUGUUCUACGACGAGAGAUGGAUCGAGAAGCAGGAGAGGGCUUUCACGUGGUGGCUCAACUAUGUCCUGACCCCGGAUGAUUUUAAAGUCAACACAGAAAGCACCAAGGUGAAUGCGGCGCCUCUGGCAAUGGGCUGCAGCGACAAGUUCCACGUCCCCAAAGCCCCCACCAAAGAAGAGAUGUCGUUCAGCACGUACACCGCCCGGCGAAAGUUGAACCGACUCCGCCGGGCCGCCUGUCAGCUCUUCACCUCCGAGACGAUGGUCAAGGCCAUUAAGAGAUUGGAACUCGAAGUGGAGGCAAAGAGGCUGCUCAUCCGCAAGGACCGCCAUCUUUGGAAAGAUAUAGGAGAACGUCAAAAAGUUCUCAACUGGCUUCUUUCCUACAAUCCUCUGUGGUUAAGGAUUGGGCUUGAGACGAUCUUUGGGGAGAUGAUCUCGCUGGAGAGCAACAGCGAUGCAGUGGGUUUGGCCAUGUUCAUCCUCCAGCGUCUUCUCUGGAAUCCCGACAUCGCAGCCGAGUUCAGACAUUCAAAAGUUCCUCAUCUUUACAAAGAUGGCCACGAGGAGGCGCUGUCGAGCUUCACGCUGAAGAAGCUGCUCUUGCUGGUGUGUUUCUUGGACAAGGCCAAAGCUUCUCGCCUGAUUGAGCACGACCCGUGUCUGUUCUGCGUUGACGCAGAGUUCAAGACGAGUAAAGACUUGUUGCUGGCCUUCUCGAGAGACUUCUUAAGCGGGGAGGGCAUUCUCCCUCGGCAUCUCGGCUUCCUUGGAUUACCAGUCUCUCAUGUUCAAACUCCCCUCGACGAAUUCAGCUACGCUGUGGUGAAUUUGGCCGUUGACUUGAAAUGUGGAAUCAGACUCGUAAGGGUGAUGGAGCUCCUCAUAAAGCAGUGGGGCUUGUCGGCAAAGCUGCGACUGCCGGCCAUCAGCCGCCUGCAAAAAAUCCACAACGUGGAUAUUGCCAUGCAAGUGCUCAAAAUCAGGGGGGUGGACCUGAAGGAUGAACAUGGUUCCGUCAUCGAUUCCCGAGACAUUGUGGAUGGUCACCGAGAGAAGACGCUGAGCCUCCUGUGGAAAAUCAUUUUCUCAUUUCAGGUGGAGGUGAUUUUGAACGAGGGUCAGCUGAGGGAGGAGAUUCUCUUCUUGAGGAGAACCCUGAGGUCAAAACGGACGUUGGCUUCCGUGAGGGCCGGCCGUGGCCUUGAGCCCAGUGCGCUCAAGACCAAGGCGCCGUAUGAGCAUCGCAGCGCUAAAGUCGUUCUGCUGAUGGAGUGGGCCCGCGCCGUGUGCGACUUCUACAAUCUGACGCUGGAGAACUUCACCGUGACGUUCUCCGAUGGCCGCGUCCUCUGCUACCUAAUCCACCACUACCAUCCCAGUCUCAUUUCGGAGGAGUCGCUCCGUCACAGCACCACCCAAACUGUCGAUUGCUCGUCGAGGGGUCGCCUGGAGCUCAACUGCUCGGCCAUCGACUCCGACUGCUCUUUUGACGACGCUCCCGAAAGCCCGAAUGGCCCCGAGAGUCCCUCUGCGGAGUUUAAAAAGCUACUGGAAAACGAGAAAAGCAACUUUGGGCUGGUUAAUGCUGCGGUGGCUUUCCUGGGCGGAGUGCCUUCCAUGAUCAACCCGGCUGACAUGUCCAACACCAUCCCCAAUGAGCAGGUUGUGAUGUGUUACCUGUCUUUCCUGUGCGCUCGUCUCUUGGACCUGCGUAAUGAAACCAGAGCGGCUCGGGUCAUACAAGGUGCCUGGAGGACCUACAGAAUAAAGAAGGACUUGCAAGUCUACAAGGAGAGAAACGCGGCUGCCGCGAAAAUUCAGCGGGCCGUCAAGCGUUUUCUUCAGCGACGCCGAGCCAGGAAUCAAAACGCGGCGUCCGUGAUCAUACAGUCUGCCUGGAGAGGCUUUGUUAUUCGCAAAAGACUGCGGCUGGAAAAAGAAGCGCAGCUGCGGGGCAUUCGGAAUCGAGCGGCCACAAUCAUCCAGGCCCAGUGGAGAAUGUUUUCCGCUCGGAGAUAUUACCAGCGAGUCCGAUCCACCGCCGUUGUUGUCCAAGCGCGGUGGCGAAUGAAGAGGGCUGCGUCGGCCUUUGUCAAAAUCCGCCGAGCGACGGCUGUCUUGCAGAGAUAUUCAAGAGCUUGGAUUCAUGGGAGGAAAGUACGCACGCGCUAUCUCCGCCUCAAAGCUGCCGCGGUGACAAUGCAGAGAGGCUACAGACUGUGGAAAAUCCAGAAAACUCAAAGGGAGAACCGUGCUGCCAGAGUAAUACAAAGCGCAUAUAAGAAAUGGCACGUGGAGAGAAUGGCCGAAAGAACAGCCGCCGCUGUUAAGAUUCAGUCUUUCUAUAGAAGGCAAAGGUGCUUGCGUCAAUACAGAAAGAUCCAAAGAAGCGCUUUGCUCAUUCAAGCGCACUGCAGAGGUCUCAUUCAAAGAUCCCGCUUUCAGAAGCGCACGCGGCAACACCAAUCGGCCGUCGUCAUUCAGAGCGCCUUCAGGGGGCAUCGGGUCAGGAAGCAGGCCCUGAGAAUCAAACGCGCCGCCGUCGUCAUCCAGCGAUGGUACAGGGCCUCCGCGAGAAGGGCUGCGGAAAGGCAAAGAUUUGUCGAGAUGCGCCGCGCCGCCAGGACCGUUCAGUUGGCUUACCGCAAGAAACGCAAUCGCGACUCGCUGAAGAGACGACACCGAGCGGCAACCGUGAUCCAGGCCGCGUUCAGGAAAUUUGCCUGCCGAUGGCGCUACCUCGCCCUCAGGAACGCAACGGUUGUCAUACAGCAAAAGCUUCGAGCCGCAAUUUUAGCUCGGAAGACAAAGGAGGAGUACGGCGCUCUAAGAAAGGCCGCGCUCACGAUACAAGCCUACUGGAGAGGCCGAGCCGACAGGAUGAGGAUUAAAAAAUACCACCGGAGCGCAACGCUUAUCCGGGCCCACUACCGCCGACGCAAGGCUCAAGCGGAGUUCAGGUCCAAAAAGGCGGCGGCUGUUGUCAUCCAGCGUCGCUAUCGGGCUCACGUGGCCGCAAAGAAAACGAGGGAAGCGUUCCUGCGGAAGAAGGCGGCCUGCGCUACCAUAGCGGCGGGAUUCAGAGGCAUGAAAGUCCGAGCGGACCUGCAGAAAAAGCACAAAGCCGCAACCGUCAUUCAGUCGGCGCUCCGGAUGUAUUCCGCACGAAAACGAUACAGGCUCCUUCAAAGUGCAACCGUUAUCAUCCAGUGCCGCUAUCGAGCGCGACUCUGUUGCAGGGCGGAGCGACGCAAGUACGAGGAGCAAAAAAAAGCUGCCUUGAAAAUCCAAGCCGUCUACAGAGGCUGGAGAGGAAGAGAAGAAUUUAAGAAGAGGAUCCAGGCCAUUAGCUUCAUCCAAGCUGCGUUCAGAACGCACCGAGUUCGUAAGGCUUAUCUUGCCACCAAGUGCGCCGCGGUCAUUCUUCAAGCGCGAUACAGGGCCAAAAUCCGCAUGGCUGAACAGCUGAAGAUGUACAGAAGGACGAAAUCUGCCGCCGUUACCAUCCAGGCCGCGUAUCGUGGCUACCGCGCCCGCAGGAACUUUGCGCAGAUGCGCCGCGUGGCCUCUAGCAUUCACAGAAGGUUUCGCAUGAUCCAGGAGAGGAAUCGAUUCCUGGCUCUGAAGACGGCAACUUUGGCUCUCCAACGGCGCUACAGAGCGCUGUUGUUGACGAGAGAAGUGCGCCGGCAAUACCUAUCGAGGCGCAGGGCGGCCGUUUGCCUGCAAGCGGCCUUCAGGGGAAUGAGAGCCAGAAGACUCGUCAAACAAAAGCAUCGGGCCGCCUCGACUAUCCAGAGAGCUUUCAGAGCCCGCCGCGAACACAAGAAGUACAUGGCCCUAAAGUCUUCAGUGCUCGCCGUGCAACGUAGGUACCGUGCCACCGUAGCAGCCAAAGCUCAAAUGCGACGCUACCAAACCAUGCGCAAGUCUUCCAUCGUCAUUCAGUCGGCGUGCAGAGGACUGCACGUCAGGAAGGACGUUGCUCGUUGGCAUCGGGCUGCCACUUUGAUCCAGUCUAAGUUCAGAAAGCACCGAGAAGAAGUCCGAUUCCGGAGCGCCCGUCUGUCGGCCAUCGUCAUCCAGAGACAUUACCGGGCCUUCGCGCUUCAGAAACGGGAUAGGGGAUACUACCUGAAAGUCCGAUCCUCCGCCGUCGUUCUUCAGGCCGCUUUCAGAGGUCGGCUUGCGAGAGGGAGGAUCGGCCAGAUGCACAGAGCAGCAACGGUCAUACAGGCAAAUUUUAAGCGGCAUAAGCAGCGGUUGCUCUUCAGAAAACGGCGCCGGGCUGCCUUGGUUUUACAGCAAAGGUUUCGAGCUAUGAGGGAGAGAAACUCGGAGAUGAAGCGUUAUCGAGAAGUCAGGAACGCUGCGAUUUGUCUACAAGCGGCCUUCCGGGGAAUGGAAUCAAGAAAAUCCAUCCGACAGAAACACCGUGCUGCGACCGUGAUCCAGGCCGCCUUCAGAAGUCGCAGACAGAAAGUCCAAUUCCAAGCCACGCGUCUGUCAGUCAUCACCAUCCAGAGAUGCUACAGAGCCUAUGUUCUACAGAAAAAAGAAAGGGACUACUUCCUGAAAAUCCGAACCUCCGUCAUCUGUCUCCAGUCGUUCUUUAGAGGUUGCUCGGAGAGGAGAAGAAUUGCUAAGAUGCACAGGGCAGCCACUGUCAUACAAGCAAACUUCAAGAGGCACCGGCAACAAUUGCGCUUCAGGAAACAGCUCUGGGCUGCCCGUGUCCUACAGCAGAGAUUUAGAGCCGCCAGUCAGCGCAACGUCGAGGUCAAACGUUAUCGAGAAGUCAGGAACGCUGUGAUUUGUCUACAAGCGGCCUUCCGGGGAAUGAAAUCAAGACAGUCCAUCCGACAGAAACACCGUGCUGCGACCGUGAUCCAGUCUGCUUUCAGAUGCCGCAGAGAGCGAGUCGGAUUCCAGGCCAAACGCUUGGCGGCCAUCGUUAUCCAGAGAGGCUACAGGGCCCACGUUCUUCAGGAAAAAGAGAGGGACUAUUUCCUGAGAGUCAGAUCCUCAAUCAUUUGUCUGCAGGCGGUUUACCGCGGUCGUUUGGAGAGAAGAAGAAUUGCCGAGAUGCACAGAGCAGCUACCGUCAUUCAAGCAAACUUCAAGAGACGUAAUCAGCAAUCGACUUUCAAGAAGCAACUCUGGGCGAUCUGCGUCUUGCAGCGGAGAUUCAGAUCCCAGCGACAGAAACGUCUUGAGGUCAAGCGUUAUAACAAAGUCAGGAACGCUGCGAUUUGUCUCCAAGCGGCCUUCCGGGCAAUGAAAUCAAGACAGUCCAUCCGACAGAAACACUGUGCUGCGACCGUGAUCCAGUCUGCUUUCAGAGCCCAUCGUCAGUUGAAGCGGUACCAGAACAUGAAAUCAUCUGCGCUAACCGUUCAGCGACGGUUUCGUGCUACCGCAGCAGCCAAAUCUCAGAGGAAACACUUCUUGGAAAUGCGCAGGGCAGCCGUCAUCUUUCAGGCCGCCUACAGAGGCCGGCAAACCCGGAAGCACAUUGCUCGGUUGCACCGGGCGGCGACGGCCAUCCAGUCGGCAUAUAGGAGGCGCGUUGAGCUCGUCAAAUUUGAGACCAACUGCGCGUCUGUGCUGCUCAUUCAGAAGUACUACCGGGCCUUUAUUCGUCAAAGGCGAGAAAGAAGCAAGUUCCUGAAACUCAAAAGGGCCACUGUGGUUCUUCAGGCUGCAUAUCGAGCUUACCGAGUCAGGAGGGACAUAAGGCAGCAAAGUCGAGCUGCCACUUUGAUCCAGUCGUCCUGGAGAUGCUCUGUCCAGAGGCGCCUCUUCCUGAAGAGUAGAGCGGCAGCCGUGAAGUUGCAAGAGUGGGUCAGAGCAAUGCGCCUCGGCAAAGAAGAAAGGGAGAACUACCUGCGAACGAGGCGGGCCGCCAUCGCGCUUCAGACCCACUACAGAGCCUGGAUUGUACGAAAGCGGGAACUCGAUGCCGCCAAUGCACGGAGGAGACUUCAUUUUGCCGCCGCAGUCUACCACCACCUCAGCGCUAUUAAGAUCCAAAGAGCUUUGCGAGCACACCGGGCCUUGGAGUCCGCAAAGAGACGGAUCCAUUCUGUCGUCGUGAUACAAAAUCUGGUGCGAGCGAGGUUCCAAAGGAGACGCUAUCUGGCCCAACGGAGGAAGAUCGUGACAGUCCAGAGAGCAGUCAGGCGUUGGUUGGUCCGUCGCCACAAUUCUGCAUCGGUCAUCCAAUGUGCUGCUCGGAGGUUCCUCCUCAUCAGGCACCAGAAGAAAGUGGAACGGGGCAUCGUCAAAAUUCAGGCUCUAUGGAGAGGACACGUCUCCCGCCGACUGAAUGACAAUAGCAAAGUGAUCAAGUUGAGACGCCGCCUGCACGAAGUCUCCGCCGGCGCCCGGGAGGAGGACAAAUUGCAGAACAAAACCUCAUCCGCCCUGGACUGUAUCCUUCGAUACAGGCACUUCUCGUCCCUCCUCGAAGCUCUGAAAAACCUCGAAGCGGCCACCAGGUUGUCGCCCGUGUGCUGUGAGCACCUGGUGGAGAGCGGCGCCACCGGCGUCAUAUUCACCCUCAUCCGCUCCUGCAACAGGAGUGUGCCCUGCAUGGAUGUCAUCACCUACUCCGUCCAGAUCCUCCUCAAUCUCUCAAAGUACCACAAAACCAUUGAGGCUGUGUAUUUGGUGGAAAACUCGGUGGAGACGCUGGUGAGCCUGAUCCAGACAUACCGAGAGAAAGCGGGAGGCAAAGUAGCAGACAAAGGCGCCAGCAUCUUCACCAAAGCCUGCUUUCUCCUGGUUCUGCUCCUGCAAGACAAAUCCCACGCCGUGGAGGCUAUGAAUUGCCCGAAGGUCUUGGAAAGGGUCACGAGUAUUUACCGCCUCACCGUUCGCAAAUACAAGAUGGACGCGGAAAGAAAUGUGGCCAAACAGAAGAUGAACGCGCCAAUCAACGGAAGCUUCUACAUCCCAGCAACGCCGCGGAAAUGCCAACCCGUGCCGAGGUUCGCUCCGGACUGGGUUCUCAGGAAGGACAAUCUUCCAAAUAUCGUGGAUCCUCUCAAGGCCAUCCGCAUGUUGGCAAACACUCUCUCGAUUGUCAUGUAGAUAGUUUUGAAGAGUUAUCAUAUUUUUUUUUUUGUUUUGUUUUGGAAAGUGUUUUAUGUACAGUAAACGUGAUUUUACAGAUACGUCUGUGUGGCCACAUUAAAUGCAUUUCUGUAUUAUUUAGUGUUUGUGUGCAUGGUUUUCCUUGCUUUAAAAAAACAAAACAAAAUGGCUAAUGUCUCCAAUGGAAAAAUUACCAGAAAGGCUUGAAACAGCAAAAUAGAAACCGUAUUUUAUUAUGCUGGAAGUGUUUUUUUUUUCUCUCCUCAACCAAAAAUGUUACCAGUUACUCCGCAACUG